UAAUGGGUGAGCCCAAGCUCCUAGCGUUAGCGAGAAAACUACCUAUUUAAUUUAUUAAUUUAAAGGUAGGACCCAGACCGAUAGAUUUAUUCUAUGGCGAAGGAUCUGAAGGUCUGAAAGCGCGUAAAUAGCUUCUGAGAGAAUCCAGCUACUUAGGGUCUUCUCUUGAAGAGGUGUUUUACGCACUUGAAUCCCUAUCAAUAACAAUAGGAAACCUGAUUAGAAUCGUUAGGAAGUUCACUUAUUUUCUUGUGUUAGGGGGCGGGGAAGUAUGCGACACAACUAAAGCGGAAGACCUCCAGUUGUAACGGAAGCGAAAAGAGGAAUUGGUUCGUCACCGUUUGGUAGACCUGGUCCAAGCCUGGUAAUAGACCCAAACUCCGAAAAAGAAAGGGUCAAUAGAUCAGUUUAUCACUUCGGCCUGCCUUAUUCCGAUAGGCUUCGGGGCUAGAAGACUGUGAUACAAAACCACUCAGCGAGGCAGAAUCUGCAAAGGGUCAAAUUGUUUUUUGUGUUUGUAUAGUAAUCAAGUUCGGUCUUCGGACGGGAUGAUGGGUAGAAAUUCCGCCAGGUUUCGAAUGGGAGAGCAAAAGAGGCGAAUCUCAAUGACCAGACGAAUCCGCAGCAAGGGCAUCCUCCAAUUAUGUUACGCCAGUGAUUGUAGAAAAAGAGUGAAAGGGGAUUAUAGACCUUUAAACCUCUAUUUUACACCUAUCCUAUUAGGUAUCAGUAAAGACUCUCAAACCCAAUUUUAAUAUGGCGAAACUAGCUUCACAGACAGCGUAGUGAUAAAAAAAAAAAAAAAAAUGCUAAUGCCGUUGACUCAGAUCCAAGACGGAAAGUGGUUGAUGACCACUUUGAGUAGGAGGACUAAUUCAUCACAACAGGUUUAAUCCCGGGAUCCUUCUUCCCUAGAGCGGCUCCCUGAGCCCAGCUCGCCUUUUUAGAGACUUCUCACUCCCAUUUCGGGCUAGACCAUCGAAAUCUUCAACUUUUGGCUAAGCCGACAUAACAUAUUCAACCACGGAUUAAGUCGACAUAACAUCGUUCAGUCAGGGUUUUCCAAUUGGAUUACCUUGCCGGAAUUGUAUAGAAGUAGGGCUUUAUUGGCCUUCGGCUGCGCCUUCUGCUCGAGCUCGCCGUAGGAAACUUUCCGCCGAUGCCAUUAUUAGAGGAGAAACUGGAAUAACUACCUUGCUUCGCUUCGCAGACAAGAGUGUGGACAGUAUUUUUAAUAGCCUCUACUAAUGCAAGUGGCAAGUGCAGUUCUCGCUGCUCAACUAUAUGGAGGUUUCUUCGUCUCGCCCAUGUGUAAAUGGGGAACAACGAGCACCAAGCCCUUUUGCCUAUGCGCUUACGAGGACUCCUUCACUUAAUGACAUUCCUUCCAGAUCCAGUUUUGUUCUGAUCGGGUAAUUGCAUAUUCUGAUGAUUACAGGUUUCGGAACAAGUCUUCAAACCAGAUGCCUUCUGCAGCCGGAUGUUCUACCAAAGUCUCAGGCGACACAUAUGCUCAACGGCUUUCUGGAAGUGAAGGGGAUGGCGCAUACUCAAACGAGGGGCUUUCCCACACUGAUUUACCACAACCUCUGGUUACCUUCCUCCCGACCUACUGUCUUCCCCGGCAAUGGCUACGAAAUCAAGGGAUUGGAGCUCUUCGGCUUCCCUUUUCGAUGGUUACGAGUGUGAAAUCAUUGGUUCUACUCGGCCUAAGGAAAUCUUCUCCACUUCGGCAGAUACCCAUUCUCAAGUAGAUCAGAUCUAAGGCGUUCUAGCUGUCUUUCCGUUCGAAUAAUUCAUCUUUUUUCAUCUCCCGUAAGUGUGAAAGCAUUGUCCGACCUUACUCGCUGGAGGUCAAUCACAAUCGGGUUCUCUCGCCAAGUGCCAAAAAGGCUAGUUGCCUUUCAAAGCCCGUAUUCUGUGCAUCUUUCGCUGAGAAGGAAUUGGCUUCUCUUUUCUAUUGCAACAGAGGGAGGUAUCAUAAUAAAGUAUGCCAUCACUUUAUGUUUCUCUUGGUGGAGGAUGAGCUACCAGUACGAGUAGUGGUUCGGCAGCGUCUUCGAUGCUUUUAAUACGAUUCAAGGGUAAGAUACGAGGGCGAGUGACUGGUUUUGAAGCCUCGCGUCGUGGCCCAUGGGUUAGAGUAGCCUAGUUAGGUGGUUUUCCUUUUCUCCCCGGAUGGAAGGCGCCGGCCUUCUCUUCUUUCCCGACUUGCUGCUUUGAAUCCCGAUUCGUUUUCAAGUAACGAUGCUUUCUCAAGUCAGUGUACAACUUUUCCGCAGGACGUUCGAAGAAAGAGCCUGGCCAUUUCAUUUGAUUGGGGACAAGUCGUUUAGAUAGGAUUUAGAUUUUUUCCUCUAGUCGCUUUCUCUCGAAGAAGGUUAUAAGUCUAGGAGCUAAAGGCGUGGGACAACUGGUGUCGGAUUGAUUCCCAAUAACUAAACUGAAACGGGACUUGACAAGCAAUAUGCAUGCCGGUGCCGGCUCUACCUAAUUUUACUAAGGAAGAGUGUUUCAAAGCGCCAAUCAGCCAAUAGAAGGCGCCCUAAGCGCACAUACUUAAAAAAAGAAUGAAUUGAUAUGAAAUUAGCCUAAAUCAGAAUGAAUCGGGCAACUCAAUACACAGAGUCGAGAACCACAAAUUCAGAGGAAGUCUUUUAAUACUCCCCGGGAUUGGAUCCUCUUGCCACGGACCUUCGAAAAGCAUGGACUAUACUUUUAAAUUCUUAUGUAAUCCAAUCCGAUUUAGGUAAGGGUAAGAUCUAUGAUCUAUAUAUUUCGCUACUUAUCUAAGCUGGAAUAUUGAAUAUGGAUCGACCAAUAACGAUUAGCCAGACUUCUUUUACGAGAAGAGUAGGGCUAGGGGGGUCAAAGAGAACAUAACGAAAAGAAAGAGAAGCUGAUCUUCCCGCAAGAAAUUAAAAAGCGGCAACCAUCACUUCUCUUAUGAGCCGGAUCUACUCCUCAAUAUGAAUCCAGAGCCGAUACCUUUACCUUUAUUGGAUCUUUGCACCGAUGCUGAUCUACUCUACUAUUCGAUUUAUUCACGCACGUCAAGCGUGAAGCGACCUGAAGAUAAGGACUACAAGCGGAUCGUAUGCUUCACCCGACUGAAACACGUUCCUCGGGAAUAGAAGCUUACUGAGAAAGGAUCUGUUACAUUAACUGGUAAAAAGGAGAAAAGCCGAAACGGAAUAACCAAAUAACAAUGCCGAUUGACUUGAUCUUUCUUAUAAAGAGAAUUUCCCAUAGGUUCCUGUCCCACCAGGGGUUCAUGCCGCACAGAAAGCGAGACCGGAGAAGCUUCGAAUAGUAGAGAGAGCUCCUUUCUUCUUCAUCUGACCCAAGUGCGCGGGAAAAUGCUCUUUGUUGGUCUCUCAAUAGGCGAAACAAGACAGAACUCCGCUCAAUCUAGCAAUGAGGCAAAAGAGGUAUUUUGCCUAGUAGUCGCCUUUCCCUUGUCCGGAUCGGAAAUUGGAAAGAAGUCGUCUGGUAUUGAAAGAUCAAGUUUUAGACAGAAUCGGCUUGGUAAACCACAUUUUUGUAUUGAAAUGAUCCAUGAACAGAGGAUCGACAGAAGCGAAGCUAGAAUCACACCAUCAGAAGUAGGUCCAAGCAUUCCUCUUUGGGGUAGGUGGGCGGUAAAGGUAUAACACUAAGAUUUACUCGUUCGAUAAAAAAGAUCAAAGUUAUGGCCAUGCCUCUGAGAUAGCAAAAUAGCCCGGACAUUCAUUCAUUUAGUGCAGUUACGAUGUCAUUGCCUAGAUUUUCCUACUCAUUUAUGGUUUGAUCACAUAAGUCAAUAGCUCGGGAACGAAGCGAGCAAUCUUGUACUAAAAGAUCUAUUGUGUCAUCAACUACUUUGGGGUCGGCAGAAGCCUUCUCAUCAUUGACCGAUCGGGCACAAUCCUCCUAUCCGAAGCGGAACAUUCCAGGUUUGAUGUAUCAACUGAAGUCUUUUGACUUGAGAAUCAAUGAAAGACGUUGUGACACACAAUGGAUCAUAGGUUGCUCCUUUGAAGGUGAAUUCCCAACAUCAGAUGACCGAGAAAGAAUCCCCAGAGGGGGAGGCUAGUCCUGUAUGCUAUUAUUCCAAUGCUGACAUGUCAAAUAGACAAUUUCUUACUGGUGACUAUAGAAAGCUUUCAUUGUGUGACCACAUCUCUGUAUGGGCAGAGGGCGGGCAUAGAACAGAGCUUCAAGCAGGCAUUACAUCGAUCCAAUCCCUACUUAUCUUGGUCUCCAAAUCACAUAGAUAGGGACAGAGUUACAGCAAACAGAGAUGAGGAGAAGGUGUCAAGUGUAACCAUUGACUGAGCUAGACCAGGAACAUCAAUUAGAGCUCUUUUUUCCCUGUUAUAAAAGUAAGCGAAUCCCUUCUUUCUUUGGCUUCCUUCUUAAGCCAAUAAGUCCUGUGCCCGGUAGAUGCAAUCAGUCUGUCCUUUACCUGUAAAUUGAAGCCUUUCAAUAGCUCGUCUCGCCCUGUCUUCUGUCGUACUCUCCUCUAUCGAGAAUUGGUCUCUCGCAACUGUCUUGUGGAAAACAAACGGAUGCCGUUCUUCUGGUAGCCCUUGUUUGCUUCAUCGGUAGCUUAAAGCCCUUCCAUUAGUAUUAGUUAUUCAGUAGUUAAGGAUUUGUGUAGCUUCGGUCGAUAGGGUACUUCUUGCUUUCCUUCUGUUAUGAGAGAGAUCCGCUAUUUCAUGACUGAGUUCCUUAGCGUGGAGUACAGACAGCUAGAAGCUUUCCCAAAUCAAGUAAAGGAAUGGUUAAGUCAAACAUUCCGGUCUUAAGCCAAUCCGUCCUGCCUGGUAGGUGCUAUCAGUAUACGAAUACCGUCCUUUCUACGGCGACCAGUAAGGGUGAUGCGCUAAGGAAUUGAAUCAAGAAAGGAGGAAUACGUUUCUCUUCGGACUUCUCACUCGAGCUAAUCAAUCUUUCGAUUGGUCAUCGAUUCCUAUCUCAAACUGUACUCUACUUCCGGUCAGGGCUGUGGGUGUGAGGAGAGGGUUAGGGUUGAGUGAGGUUGCAGAACCAAAUGAGACCAAUAACUAACGCAAGGCUAAUCAGAGUGGUGUGGUGGCCCGUUACCUCCAUCCAAUAUAAGCAAAGGGACUGAAGUCAAAAGAAGAAAAUGCGAUAACCGUUCCCGUAGCGAGCAAAAGAAGCUGUUUUUUUCCAAGCCCAAGUAGGGGCGAAUGAACCAUGUAGUUAGCUCGUGAAAUGCUUAUUUUCGAUUCCCUCGACCAUUGGAAAGGUCUAAGAUUCCUCCAUAUCUAUCGCCCCCAUCUCUGGUCCCAUUUAUGGAAGCUAGCCAAUCUUAAUGAAAGCGUUAGUAGCUUAAUUUUACAUCUUUCUUUUUAGCUAGGAUACACUCCUUUAUACAAGACUUUAAUAGUUCUUGUUAGUGAUCCGGGAACACUUAACGUGGGAGAAGGAAAAGCUUUUCACUCUCUUUCUAGCUUGCUAGAAGAGAUAGAUACGGUACAGAGAGGAGAGUUCAGGUCAAAUCCUGUCGAUAAAUAAUUCCUGCUUAUUGAUCGUGGGGGAAGGGGGAAUUGGAGAGAAAGGUGGAGCUUCACCAGGCCUUUAGUGCUUAUUUUUAAGUCUUGUCUAAGCCCCCAGCCAAUCGGGUAAGCGAACUGUCUUACGACAAGAAGUAGUCAUGGGAAGGGUUAUCCGUAUAAUUUAUAAUCGGUAGUAGCCCGGGUUCGGGCAUUACAAAGGACUGCCAGUAAAGGGCCAAGCAGGGGCUUCAUUUAGUAUCCCAAAAAGCAGGGAAGAAGUUUAUUCGUGAAAAGAUGGGACGGGAGUUGACCGAAUCAAAUACGAAACAACAUAUUUGGAGAUUAUUAGCGCUUUGAAACUGAACUUCUACGCAGGGAUCUGAUUUGACCGGUCUAGAAAAGGUCAGUGCUGAACAAAGCUCCUAAGGUCCCCAUUCGGGGAUUUCCCCGUAAAAGCUAAGUCCUUACUUUACACAGAGUGAAGCUUCCGGCAAUGCUUCAACAAGAGCCAAAGCUACCCGGGCCUGGGAAGAAGCAAAAUCGAAUAGAGGAAGAAGUGGCCGUGUAACUGGCUCGCUUGAGCUUUGGUACGCUAAUAGUUUACUAAUAGGAUAUAAAGAUUAUCUUACUGAUAUCCCAGGGGCGUAGCGGGUUCGAAAGGACCAGGCUCAUACUGACUUCAUUUUUCACAUUGAACGCGGGUCUUACUAAAGCAAGCCAAACUAAAAAACGAAAUCAGAAAUGGAUUCUUUUUAUUUUAAUAGCUUGACUGAAGCUAUUGGAAGCAACUGGACUCUCUCCUUAGCGAGGUCCUAGAAUAACUAGUUAGUUUGCGGUGCUACGAAAAGGUAUCAAGCUGAUUGGGGGGCUAUAGAACGAGCAUGUGUCCAAAUAUUUGGAAAAACUUCCUUUCUCGAUCGUCAUUUUCCUUUUUACCCCUCUCUUCUGGGGAGAGGGAGCUUACGACACGAUUGGAUUGAAAAGAAGUGGAUUGGGAGAGCGUAAAACAACCACCAUCGUAAAAGUAAGUAUCCGCCCUUUAAGGCCUGGCCUUAAGAGAGGAAAAAAAGAUUUUCCGACAACAGCUCUUUCUUUUGCUAUUGUUGCAGCGGAAGUAGUUCAAUCGGGACAAGAAAAUCAUCCAAGCCAUCACUGCAAAGCCGAAAGAUCCUACUUACCCUUCUUCUUUUCUUGCUUCUUUCAUUCAUCUCUAUUGGGCUGGUAUUCAUAGAAGCCAGGUUGAAUGCUACGGCGAUUGGAAAUGUCUUCACCCCGUUAAGGCUUUUUACUGCUUCCAAAGCUAUCAAUUACGACUCGAGGUCUGGUUCUGUGAUUGAUCUCAGUCCUUUAUUAUCCUGACUGCUAUCCAUAUUCUCUUAGCCAAUCAAGGAGAGUUGGUUCCUGCUGUUCACUCGAGUAGCUUGGAUGCUAUACCCAUAGCCUCCUACGCUCCUCUUGAUCGACUGGCUUUCUUGUCUUGUUCUCUUUCUUUCCCGCCUCCAGGCGGGGGUUCCCCUUCGGGGGGUUACACGUCCUGCUGCCCGAUUCUUCUCUUUGAUCCUUUCCUCGCUUCUCAAGGAGGGGACUUUCUCUCCGGAUAGAAGUAAGCGAACUACUCCUUCCCUCUCCCCUUAUCCACUUUAAAUAAAACGAGUCACAACGGGUCGACAUUCAAACCAAGCGACCCUAGGGUACAAUCGGGGUUUAAAAUAAAUCCUCCUUCUCCUUAUACGAGGAUCCUUCGUCAAAGGAGACGCUAGAGUUCCUAGAAGAAAGACUUAGGGCCAUUUGAAGGAACCAAUACCGAUGGGGCGGUGGACGCCCUGGAAUUAUGGUAGGUCCCUAACGUAACCAUCCCUCAACAAUUGUUGGUUCCUUACUUUGACAAGUAUGAUGGAACCACGUGCCCUAGAAGCCACCUUAUCAUAUACUGCCGAUACCUUUUUCUUAGCGUCUGUCAUUUUCCUUCUUCUUCUUAUGUUUCUCUUUCUUACCUUUCUUUUUUUUGGUAUGGUGCUUGUACAGAGUAGGUUGGGGCUCCUCUAAUACCGUGGGGGAAUCAUUAAGAGGGGGCAUCACUAAUUCCAUACUUAGGAAUAAUUACAAAGGUGAUGGCUUCUUUAGUUAGAACUUGUUUUUUUUCAUUUCCAUCAUUUCUGAAAAUCGAAGAACCUAAUGGAUCGAACUCAUCCCUGGCUGCUAAUAAUGAAACAAAGACCUAUUAUGGAUGCCUCUCUUGCUGAACAGAAGGCUAGAUGAGAUGGGUUCUUUGUUCUGUUAUAAACUCAUCUACUGCUCAUUCGGUUUUCGAAUGAUUGAAUGGUAUUCAACAGCUCUUGGCCGAGCUCGCACUGUCGAUCGUCUUAUUUUAUUUAUUAUUUAUUAUAAGAGUUUGAUCGUCGAUCGUAUCUGAUUAUAAUGGAGCUUGACGUGGAAGGGGGGUCUGUGAGGACCAUAGUAGCAGAGUCUCCACACAACCGGAGAGACCACCUAUUUAUAUUUACAGCGUGAAAAGGUGACAGCGGAAGGGAAGAAAAGAAGUAGCAGAAUCUGUCGGCUUGCCACACAAUUGAUCCAGAGGAGAGUAUGCAGACAGACUUAUUUCUGAGAUGGAACUCAUCCCUCGACGCGGCAUUAUUUGAAAGCACACAACAUCGCCCAGAAGCUUAUAGCCCCUUAGGUCCAAUUCGAUGUGUUAAGUAUAGUGCCGUGGUUUUUCCAACGAGGGAGCGGUAUCCCAGCGGCUUAACGAAUUUGACACCGAAUUAAGUUAGGCUAAUGAAGAACCAGUUAGCUAAGUGUCUGCAGUCCGAGCUUGCUAGGCUCUCUUUACUUUACAAGUCAGAACGUCUACCGGAACGGUUAUUAUGAAACGAGAUUUCUUGCUACCUAUCGCCUAUCAUCAUGAGAAGCGUCUUCUUAUCGUCAUGAAUUGGAUCAUGUCUGCUGUGAACAAUGGGACUGAAAGCUGACAGCAAGCAUUCCUUUAGAAAGGCUAGGCACCAGAGUCAUAGCUUAUGCGAGUCUUACCUUACCACCUGGGAAAUGCACAGAAUAGGUUUUCAGGAAUUGAAUCCGAAGCAAAGAAUGCAAGCUUUGAGGGGUCCGAGUUCGUCACUCCUUGAUAACUUUCUUUUUUGACUUCUUAGCUGCUCGAAGUCGCCAUGUAGGCAGCGUAGGGACUGAUUUUGCGGCACUCUCGUUUGCAUUCUAUAGUAUAGCUCCUUUAUGUCCCGAUAACCCACGGAAUCGACUUGAUUGGGCUAUUUGAAUCUAUAUGUGUGCGGCCAAGCAAGCUAGCCAAUGCGAAGCGUUCUGUGAUUAUCUACAAUAUUAUUAGAUAGAAAUGCUCUUUUCUUCAAUAGCGCACCAAAUGCGCGCAAAGGCGGAGGGUAGGGUGAAAGAGAAGUCAAGGUCUCAGCAUCAGCUAGAAUAGAUGGUGACGGAUAUCCAAUGGAUAUUUACCACCAGAUGACUUGCAGCAAGGGACAUAUCCCUCCCGAUUAUAACAGUGGGCCUCGCCCGUCUACUACUCGACCUUCAGUAACUACAGUUAGCAGGGACUGGGGAUCCAUCCAAUCAAAAUCCAAUAGCUUACUGACUUGCUUGGGUCAUCUAAGAGGUAAGGCUCCCCCGAUCGACCCUAACUCUCAUUCUAAAGAAUUCUGGAGCUAAAGGAGUUCCCUAGCCCUUCAAGUUUACAUGCUGAUCCCUCUAUGAUGGCAUUCUUCUUCCUUUCUUCCUCUCCGACUUGACGAUAUUAUUCUUUCAGAAGCUAGUGAUUAGCUGAGGCUGACAGUAUCGUAUCUCGGCAAAGGGCUGACUCCACUACUUAAGAUUGUCGAAUCGAAUCUACCUUCUAUGACCUAGCUUCUGGUAUUUGAACCAGUUAUGUCGAUUGCUGAACCUGACUUGACUUUGACGCGUUGGCUUUGGCUCUGGCUUGUCCCUAUAUCUUAAUUAAUCGGAAGAGUCAGUGGCUAUCCUGCGCUCAAGAGGAAGAACUCAACUCUUUGCAAAGCAAGGGGCAUCGCUCUAAUCACUUAUGUAAUAACCUUCCUUUUGAAUGCCGCCGGUUGUAACCUUUAUAGCGAUAGCGAGUCAAAAAAAUAUCUUUCGAUCAGAAAAGAAAGAGCUUUCCCCUUUUCUCUACUACUCCCGUCAAACAAUAGACCUAAGACCCCUUUGCUGCAGGGAAAAGGUAAGGAAGAACCAAAGUAGUUAACCGAGUCGUGGGCGGCAAUGCUUGGGCAAGAGAGUCAAUCCGUGUUUAGUAGAGUGCCUUCUGAUCCUGCGAUUGAGGAUAAAGAAAAGAGUCCGAGUUCUACUAAUACUAAUAAGAAUAACCACCUUGCUUUCUGGGGCUUCCAUUACUUGCUUCAAUUGCAUUGAUUUAUCCUUUCUGGCCUCAGACUUGUGCCUAAUCUUCUAAAGAUCAACCGCGAGUCAAAGAACUCCUCUUUCGUAGUACACUUCUUUUAUUGAAUUGACUGUAAAAGGUGUGAUGGUCUCGCCAAUGAAUUUCCUCGUUAACAGCAGGAUCUUUUCCACUUCUUGCUGAAUACCUUUUCUUGCUUCCUCCAAUAGGCAAUAGGCCAUCCUCUCCUAAGGAAGUAGUUCAAUGAAGGCAUCGAGUGAUUUCACCCCGGCUCAUCCAUCGCUCGGGAUGGAGGUUGCUUUUUCUUGGCUGUAAGCUGCUUUCUUAGUUGUAGAAAUCCAUCACUAGUCUUUCACAACGAAUAGACACCAACCAUCAUAUGUGAAUACGGUACGUACUGCUUGCCCUCUUCUCUUGCUUUCCAUUUUUCGUAAUGUGCAUUUAAGGACUUUUUCCCUUGUAUAGACUCUUUCAUAGAGAGAGAUGAGUGAGAGAGCCGACCGGACCUCUAAUAAGCCAAAUUUUCCUUCACUGCAACAAAGGCUUACCCCACAGAUUCGCCAUCAGCAUAUCCAUAAGUACUUUAAAAGUCUGCAAUCGGUAACUUAAUUAAGUCUGAAAGAUGGCAUUCCUUUCAUAAGAACUCCCUUCUGAUAUUAUACGGAGGCAUUAGUUAACCCGGUGUAUUCGUAGCGAGAAGGCCACUAAGGUCCACCCCUGAUUCUGUUUCUGUUACGAAAAAGAUGUCCUCAUCCUCGGCCAGAGGUACGAUCCAUAGCACUAUAAAAGUGAAAGACUAUCGGUGUAAAGACUCUCAGCUAGUCGGGAAAACCCCUCUAUCUUUUCAAGUCCCAUUCCAUUGGUCGGCUCUCUCAACAAGGGGUUCGGAAUUCUUUCUUUCUCUUCCGGCCGUCCAACUGCUCAGAUAGCAAAAUCGUAAGGUUCACAGUCUGAAUCUCUUACCUUAUUCUCUCUUGGUAAGAGAAAAAAGUCCUAUCCUUCAGGGCAGUCCUCGCGGAAGUUGGUGCUUAGCUUAGCCGUCCAAUCGUGAAGUGAAGUUCUCAUAAGCGGAUUUAGGGCUGGCUUCUUCCUGAGCUCUAGUUCAGUUCCUCGGAUUGAGAUAGAGAGCCUACCGUACCGACCCCUUCCAUUACUCAAUAGGACUAGCUAUAGAAAAAGUUAAUAUAGAUAAAGUCAGGUGUGAAUGAUUGGCUUGUCUUGUCUAAGGCUGACCGUACCUAGUGCUUUGCUUAGUUAGUCGUUUACCUUUGCUUUGGAAAGCGAGAAAGAUGAUGUUGGAAAGCGGUUAGGAAGCUGCUCCUUAUAAAUCCAAACCAGGGGCACUGACUUUCAUUCCCGAAGGCUAGGCAGCAAGUGCAGAAAGGACUUCAGGGGAGGACUCAUUUAUGUGAGAAACUCUCUUAUGAAAGAUAUUUUACGGAUUCGAUUACAGCAUAUGACAGAUGCUUUAGUUUACCUUAUAUCUGGUUAUUCUAAGAGGUAAGUAAGCUUCCUCUUUCUUUCGCUUGAGCGAGGAACGGGCUCAGCCCUAGUUCUUAAGACAAAGUAUCAUAUGAAAGACAAAACUCAACAUGAGACUCGAAAGACAAAACUCGGCUAGAAAAGGAUCAAACCCGUCCUCCGGAAAAAGACAGCCUGAGAUUGUGUAGAAAGGGGCUCAAAAGCUGAGGAAACGAAACGUGGGGUGACUCGUCGCCGUCCCCCUUACGCCCUAUUAUCUCUUAAAUAAAGGUCGAACAAAAAUGAAGGCUUACUCUGCAGCAGCGGCCCCCGCGCUCCCCGAGGGCUAUGAGCAAGGCAAUUGUAGGCAUAUGGGUAAGCAUAACGGGCAUAUCGCAUAGUUGGAGCAGUCGUUCGAAGAAAAUUCGUUCAUCAAAAUUUUUGAUAUAUAUAUUCAUCACUACCGGGGAUAGGGGACUGUCCUUAAGAAUCCCUUUACCCAGGGACCUCUAGUUAUUCCCGUCUCAAUCAUCAAUAGAAGCCGAGUGAAAGCAUCCAUCCUUGCCAGUUUCUCACCCGCCCAUCCAGGGACUCGGCAGAAAAGAAGGUUGCUGCCCAUGCCGAAAGAACUCCCGGUGCAUCGAACAGAAAAGACCCUGUUCUUGCUUCGCCCAACUAUAGUUUAGAAACUGGAAUAGAGUGUUUAGCAUCCUUUUCCUCUAGUAUUGACGCUGUCCAUGCGAAAUAACAUAGGGUUGCUCGGGGAUAGGACUACCGCUUUCACCGCUCGGUCGUCUAGUUCUAGAGCUCUAGUCUUAAGUUCCUAUCAAGGAGUUGACUGCAAGAUAAGCUGUUGGGUUUGGUCGAGGGACCGACCUUGUAUUGGUUUGAAGCUUUUCCAGGACAGUCAGUUGUUAAUACGUGGAAAAAAGAGUGCUCCAAAAGCUAGAUCCUUUACGGGCCCUUAGAGAUAGGGGAACCAUUUCACUCCAUUGAAUGAACACAUACAUUCGUGUGGAUGAGCCUCACGACCUAGAUGCUCUAUCCAUUUGCUGUUUUUUUCCAUAUGAGGACAUUUUUGGUGACUAAAAGAAUGAGGGACUGAUCCAGGUCCAUAAGUAUUAGGUCCACCAGCGCACACAAUUAUUCUGCUAUUA